CCACACCUCCUUGCGUCUGCGAUGAGACCUCGAUGUAACCGCGCGAUAUUACCCUCAGAGAAAACCCGGAUACAAAAUACUAAGCCAAAGUCCCCUUCUACAGUUUUCAUCGCGAGAAACGUUGCCUGCAGUUUGGGAAAACAACGUCCGAAUGAACGCCAUGCCGAUUCCGAUCCCCGUGCCGCCGUACCCCCUCCACCCCUCGGUGCUGGACAAGCUCGAUCCGGAAUACGUCGCUUUCUACAACCAACAUGUGAUCGACAAGCAGCAGGUGCAUUUACAGCCGAUCGAAGAUUCACGAUCAAGCGGUGUUCUUAUCCCCGGUGGAGGCCCUCUGGUUUCCGUGGGCAGGACCUUCGAUCUGAGUAUCGCGCGGCAGGUCUCCGAGGGCCCUGAGAUUCCGUUGCGCGUGUUCGUCCCUGACGAGGAGACGCCGGAAGAUGGAUGGCCGGUGAUGCUUUACUUCCAUGGGGGUGGAUGGGUGCUGGGGAAUAUCGACACCGAGAAUCCUGUCUGUACGAACCUGUGCGCGAGGGGUCGCUGUGUGGUGUUGACGGUUGAUUAUCGUCUUGCGCCUGAACAUCCCUGGCCCGCGGCCGUCCACGACUGCUGGGAAUCCCUCCUCUGGCUCAUCUCUGAGGGACCCCACCGUCUCCCGAUUGAUAUCAGAAGCAUUGCUACCGGGGGCUCAUCAGCAGGCGGGAACCUUGCCUGCAUUAUCACUCAUAAAGCCAUGACUCUUUCACCGCCAGUCCGCUUCAAGGCCCAGUUGCUUUCUGUGCCCGUGACGGAUAACACCGCCACCGUGGCGACGAACCGCGCCUACCGUGACUACCAGUAUACGCCUGCUCUCCCGGCGGCCAAGAUGCUCUGGUAUCGCAAUCAUUAUCUGCCAAAUACGGCGGACUGGGGAAAUCCGGAGGCCAGUCCGUUGUUCUACACCGGGGACUGGUCCGCCCUGCCGAGGGCGUUGGUCAUGGUGGGUGAACUGGAUGUGCUCCGGACAGAGGGAGAGGAGUACGCCGAGAAGCUGAAGCAGGCGGGCGUGAAGGUGGACUUGCAGGUCAUGAAAGGCAUGCCGCAUCCGUUUCUGGCUAUGGAUGCGGUAUUAAAAGAGGGGAAGAGGUCUAUUACUCUGAUGUGUGACCUGUUGGAAGAAGUAUUCUGGCCGGUAGAUCGAUAGCUUAUCUUGUGUAGUUAGACGGUGCUUGCCUUUCAGAUAGAUUUUCAUCCUGCGAACUCAUGCUUGGCCUGCCCUCUUGCCUGUCCGCGCUACAUGAACAUGUG